GUUAGUCUCAGCUGAAAGAUUCGAAACCGCCGAUCCGAGUUGGGCGGUUGUGGCCAGAUCCGGUUGGCUUAUCUCAUAGCACUGGCGGAAGGCAGCGCUGGAGCUGAGGGUGUCUCUGGAAGCCCGUUGGCUCCGCGAUGAAGAAGAUUUUUGGUUUCGGGGGUAGGCAGAGCGACUCCCCUUGGGGCCCCUCCAGCAGCGAGCGGAGGGACAGCGGGGGCGGCCUGCGGAAGGAGAGCAAGAGAGCCGACUCCCAGCCCGGGUACCACAUUGCAGACAAAGAUCUUGGGAAGAUACACAAGGCUGCCAACUUGGGCAAAGUAGCCAAAGUGCAGCAGGUCCUAUUGCUCGGAAAAAAUGGCUUAAAUGAUAGAGACAAGAUGAACAGGACUGCUCUCCAUUUGGCCUGUGCUAAUGGCCAUGCAGAGGUAGUAACUCUCCUAGUAGAGAGAAAAUGCCAGCUUAACCUAUAUGAUAAUGAAAACAGGACAGCUCUUAUUAAGGCCGUGCAAUGCCAGCAGGAGGAAUGUGCAACUAUUCUUCUAGAACAUGGUGCCAAUCCAAAUCUUACAGACAUCGGUGGCAACACUGCUCUCCACUAUGCUGCCGUUGGUCAGAAUCUAUCAAUAGCUGAAAAGCUGCUUUCACACAACGCAAACAUUGAGGCAAGAAACAAGGAUGACCUUACACCACUUUUACUUGCUGUAAGUGAAAACAAACAGCAAAUGGUAGAAUUUUUAGCAAAGAAAGAAGCAAGUAUAUGUGCAGCUGAUAAAAUGAAAAGCAAUCGUAAAGAGGAAAAGGAAUCUAAAAUUUCUUCUCAAAAUUCUCUAAAUCCUUCUCCAGGGGAGGAGAGUUCUGGAGAAGACUCUUUAAACAGGCUUUCCAACAAACCUGGCAUUGAUGAUUCAUGGCCUGUGUCAGAUGAUGAAGACUUAGAAGUUGAUACCAAGAAUGUCCUCAAACCAAGCUUAACAAAGCUAAUGACUGCUUCUCAGCAAUCCAAGAAAAACACUGAAGCAAAAUGUAGUGUGAGACCACACAAAAGAACCUUGUUUGAGGACAGUAAUUCUUAUAGUGAAAAUGAAGAAGUGGUUGAAACCCUUCCCAAGCCCUCAGUUGAAAUCCAGGGCUGUUCUCAUCCUUCCUUUCUAUUCCCCGAGUCUGUGUUGGAACCUCCAAAGUCUUUACUAGUCCUUGGUCUAACAAAGAAAGAACCAACAAAGCCAUCAGUUGGAAAACAGGAAAAUUGUAAUGAUGCUGUUGAAUGUGUUCCACAUAAUUUGACUUCUUUUGAUGGAGCACCCAAAAGUAAUAGAAGUGAUAUGAUGUCUGCAUUAGGAUUGGGAGGAGAGGAAGACAGAGAAUCACCUUGGGAUUCUGAGAGUAUCUCUGAGAGUCUUCCACAGAAUGUUGAUCAUUUUUCUGGAGCUGCAGAUCAAAGAGGAAAAAAUAUAUUAAAUAGUCAAUUAGAAGAUGUGUUUUAUAUACCUUCUUGCAUGAAUGGACCAAGAAAGUUAAAGAUUACUAAACUACAGGAUGCAAGACAUGUAGGCAUACCAGAAGUCCACAUGGAUUCUCCUGAAAAAUACCCCCACUUGGAGGUAAAAACUUACCUAUAUUUAUCUUGGUUUAUUAAUCAUAGAUUGUAUGAAGUUAAACUAGUGAUUAACCACCUUGUUUCAAAACCCAUUCAGCCUGCUGCCAAAGUGGAAGACUCUGUUCCUAAUAAAACAGUAGGGGUGAAGGCGAUACUAACAUCCAAAUCAGAUUUGUCAGCAGAAGUAGACUUACAAAUGAUAUCAGAGGAAGAACAAGAAAGGCUUGAUGGAAGUGAAUAUAAUUACCCACAGGUUGAAGAAGAAAAGCAGCAGCACAAAAGUAAUGACAUGGGAGGAUCAGGAAACAUAUAUGCUGCUGCUGCUGCUGCUGGGUUAAUUCAACAAAGAAAAAGGGACAAAACUGAUAACCAGCAAUUUCCUCUUGCGCAGAGUGAAGAUUCUGAUAGACCUGCAAAGAAAAUAUCUGAUGAAAGGAAUAAGGUCAAAAAGCAAAUUAAUUUAAUGGAUGACCUUGAUGACUUAACCCAGUCAUCUGAAACAGCUUCAGAGGGCAAGUUGCCUUACUCUACUUAUAAGAAUUCCAUGUUGCUAAUUGAACAACUUGGCAUGGAGUGUAAAGAUUCUGUGAGCUUACUGAAAAUCCAGGAUGCAGUUCUUUCAUAUGAAAGAUUAAUAGAACUUAAAAAAGGUCACUGUGAACUACUUAAAGGAAAAGUAAAAAAUAUGGAACAUAAGGUUAGUGGACUACAAAAGGAGCUAUCAGAAACAAAAGAGAUGGCAUCACAGUUAGAGCAUCAAAAAGUGGAAUGGGAACAAGAACUCUGCAGUUUGAGAUUUACCUUAAAACAAGAAAAAGAAAAGAGAAGAAAUGCUGAUAUGUUGUAUGAAAAAACUAGGAUGCAUUUAAAAAGAAAAGAGGAGCAACACAGUAAAGAAGUUGAAAAGAAACAGCAAUUGGAAUUCACUCUUCGAACACGAGACAUGGAAUUGAGGACUGUAAGAAUUAAUCUGAAUCAGGUUACAGAAGAGCGAAAUGACAUUCAGAGGCAACUUUCUCAAGAACAGAAUGCCAGAAUAUUACAAGACAGGAUUCUGACCAAUCACCUUUGCGAACAAAAGGGGACAGAAAUGGCACAUACAAAAAUGAAUUCUGAGGUUUCUGAUGGUCAUGAAAAAGAUCUCUUGCAUAAAAACCACAUGUUGCAGGAUGAAAUUGCCAUGCUAAGACUGGAAAUAGACACAAUAAAAAGUCAGAACCAGGAAAAGGAAAAGAAAUGUUUUGAGGACAUUGAAAUUAUAAAAGAAAAAAAUGAUGAUCUUCAAAAGACAAUAAAAGUGAAUGAGGAAACACUAACAAAAGCCAUACUCCAAUACAGUGGACAGCUUAAUGUCCUGACAGCUGAGAAUACAAUGCUAAACUCCAAGCUGGAGAACGAAAAACAAAACAAAGAAAGAUUGGAGACAGAAGUUGAAUCAUACCAUUCUAGACUGGCUGCUGCUAUACAGGAUUAUGAUCAAAGUCAGGCAUCAAAAAGAGAUCUAGAACUCACUUUCCAGAGAGCAAAAGAUGAGUGGUUUCGUUUACAGGACAAAAUCAAUUUUGAUGUGUCUAACCUAAAAGAUAACAAUGAGACUCUUUCUCAGCAGCUUUCUAAAGCUGAAAGUAAAUUCAAUAGCCUUGAAAUUGAGCUCCAUCACAUGAGAGAUGCUCUCAGAGAAAAGACUUUGGUUUUAGAACUUGUGCAAAGAGACCUAAGCCACAUACAGUGUCGAAAUAAGGAAAUUGAACAAAUGUAUCAGAAUGAGCAAAGUAAAGUGAGUAAGUACAUUGGAAAGCAGGAAUCCUUAGAGGAGAGAUUAUCUCAACUACAAAGUGAAAAUACAUUGCUCCGACAGCAGUUGGAUGAUGCUCAGAACAAAGCUGACAAUAAAGAAAAGACAGUAAUUAAUAUCCAAGACCAGUUUCAGGAAAUUGUAAAAAAACUUCAAGCUGAAAGUGAAAAACAAGGUCUUAUGCUGAAAGAAAGAAAUGAAGAAUUAAUCAAUUAUUGUAAUAAUUUAAAAGAAAGAAUGCAUCAGUAUGAAAAUGAGAAAGCAGAAAGAGAAGUAGUUAUGAGACAACUUCAACAAGAACUGGCUGAUACCCUAAAAAAACAAUCUAUGUCAGAGGCUUCUCUGGAGGUUACAUCACGUUACCGAAUUAAUUUAGAAGAUGAAACACAGGAUUUAAAGAAGAAAUUGAGGCAAAUCAGAACUCAAUUGGAAGAAGCACAAGGUCAACAUAUAGAGGCUGUAAGAUGUGCUCAGAAGACACAGGAUCACUUGCAAAAGCUUGAAGUCGAAAAUGACAACUUAAAAGUAACAAUCAAAAAGCAAGUGGUCAAAAUUGAACAGCUUCAGAAAAACCUUUUAAGUACAAGUUUGUAUCAAGGUGAAAAGGAACAGUUAAAGAAAUUGACAGAGUUAAAACAAUCUCUAGAACAUAGUUUGGAUCAAGAAGUGAUGAAAAACAGUGAAUUAGAAAAAGAGAUUUCUGGACUUAAGAAACUCUUAAAAAGAACAAGAAAGAAGUUAAAUGAAUAUGAAAAUGGAGAGCUUUGUUUCCAUGGAGAUUUAAAACCCGAUCAAACUGAAAUGGACAUUCAGAUUAAUAAACUAAAACAUAAGAUUGAUGAUCUUACAGCAAAACUGGAAACUUCAUCUUCAAAAUGUCAAAAUCUAGAUGCAAGAAAUCAAGUUCUUCAACAGGAGCUAUUAUCUAUGAGAGCAAUGCAAAAGAAAUGUGAAAAACUAGAGAAGAAUAAAAAGAAGUUGGAACAGAAAGUAGUAAACCUCAGGACUCAUAUAGAAAUAAAUAUGGUAGAACACAGCCAAGUAGAACUAUAUAAGCAGGACAUUGAAGAAAGAGCAAGACAGGAAAUAGUAGAAAAAUUAAAAGAAGUCAAUCUGUUUUUACAGGCACAAGCAGCAUCUCAAGAAAAGUUAGAGCAGUUGAGAGAAAAUAAUAGUGCUUCAAUAAGAAGCGAGAUGGAACUCAGAAUUAAAGACCUGGAAUUUGAGCUCUCCAAAACAAAAACUUCUCAAUAUUCUAGUAAAACAGAAUUGGAAAAAUACAAGCAACUCUACCUGGAAGAACUAAAAGUUAGAAAUUCAUUGGAAAAUAAACUAAACAUUCUCUACAGGACUAAUGAGAGGCUAACAGAGAUCAAUGCCAAACUUCUUGAGGAGAACCAGCAGAACAGAACUUUACUCAGCACUCUUACUAUGAGGCCAGCUCUGGAAACACCUUGCGUUGGAAAUCUUAAAGAUUCAGUGCUCAAUAGAAAUCUUACUCCAAGAGAAAACUUACUGAUUCCUACCCCAAAACUGCGGACUUCAGAUAACAUAGAGACGUUCCUUGCCAAGAUGCAGCAGGAAUUGGAAGAGAAUAUAACUAGAGAACUAGAAGAAGCUGCUGCUGAAUUUGAAUCUGAAUUCUGUAGAGUUCCUCCACUAGGAUCUACUGAUAUGUCGAAUCCAACUCAAUAUCUACUUUUGAAAACAGCACAAGAAUAUGCACAGAUUUUGAGGAAAAAUUAUAUGAUCUGAAAGAUAAAUGUAAAAAUAUAUAUACUGGUCUGUUUAUAUAACAUUUUCAUCCUUUUGCAUUAAGCAUAGGACAUGUGAAAAUCAUUAUUAAAGGAAAAUAUUUUUGUUUCAUGUG